AUGUCAUUAAUAAUCUAUGUCGCGCACUCGGGCAGCAAGGUCGUCGCCGAGCCGACUAAGGUGAACAGCCUCGACGCCCUCCGAGCCUGGGUCCAGCGCACGACACACAUAGCACAGAACAAGCAGGUCUUCCUGACCACCAAAGGCAAGGCUGUGAGGCCGCAGACGCUGCUCACCGAACCCGAAAUCUACGUCUUCGACUCCAGCUCCUUUUCACCCCACAAUACCAACCUCUCCCUCAUCUCGGACCCAUCUCCUCUAAACCCCGACACACCGCCCGACUCGAUCGCAGACCACAACCAGCUGCAAUCAUGGAACGAUCUGUUUCGCCGUCGCCUCGAAUGGGCCAGGACUUUACGCUCGCGAUACGCCGACCUGAUCGAAAGCACCCAGCGAUACCAGCAAGAGCAGGCCAUCAUCGAACAGAGCGUCAACGUCGCAGUCAUGAGUCUGCAACUGCACAUUCGCUCCACCGAGCAGAGAUACCACCACGAGGAAGAUUGGGUCGAGAACCUGCUUAAGCAGCAGGAGGCACACAUCGAUAGCUGGGAAAAAGAUCUCGAUCGUCUGCAGCACAUACCCGCCAACUAUGACUUUGCUCGCUACAUCCAGACCGAGAGUGCUGCGUCGCUACACGAGUCCGAUCACACUUCUGGAAGCACCUUGCAGAAUUUUGUACAAGUCGACCAGGUCAGGCAGGCUGCCUCAUCCGCACAAACUAUCAUGACCAACUUUGCACAAAGAGUCUACGACAUACAGCAGUCCCUGCAAACAACAGCGAGAGAUAGUGACUCUCUGCUUUCUGCUGUUCAGACUGUAAAAGAUAGUCAAAUCACCAAUACUGAGGAGCCAUCCAAGCUCCUCGAGGAAGUCGACGUUCAUGUCAGUAAAAUGUCUAGCGACCUGGAACACAUCAAGUCUCUGCCGAACAAUGCUCAAAAUACUGCUCGUGCUUCUAAGAUGGCCUUGUUGCACACUCGAAGCUAUCUUCCUCAUUUUGAUGAUCUCUGUCAUGAUCUCAAUGCUCUGGUUCAGCAGACUAUUCAGCAACGAAACAAUGCCGCCCAGAACUUCUUGCACCAUAUGCAGACCCUAUCGAGUAUCGAAUCUCGCCUGGCUCAAGUACACUCUAGUCUCAAGACCUUGAAUAUGUCGCCGACUGAUGAGCAGGUGUUUGACACACUGAAUGUCUUAUCCAAGCUUCCAUUUGUCUAUGGCUCUCUCAUGAUUGAGGCCGUGCGUCGUCGCGAGUGGGCUGACAAGAUGAAGGCUGACUCUGCCACCCUUGCAGAAGAAAUGGCUACUUACCAGGAAGAGGAGGAGCGUCGUCGAACCAAAUGGCUUAAGUCUGUGGAUGAUGUCGUCAAGCCCGAAGCGUUUGAAGGCAAACCUCUGAGCGUGGAGGUGAACCUCGAAGGCGACGAUUUGGAAUGGCCUCUCGUGCAGAGACAAUCACUACAAGACUACAUCAGGGUCUUGACCGAGCUAGAUUUGCCAAACAUCGUCGUGCAGAACCUAUCAAUCGCACUCAAGGACCUCGACCGUCCUACGAAAAAGCAGAUCAAGCAUGCCAAGACGUUCAAGAACGGCAGUAUGCACGAAGCCGCUUUUGGAACCACUUCUCUCAUGCUUCGAGGUGAGGACGAGUACAAAGUCCUUAGAGAGGCGAAUACCAAGCUCGAAGAAGAGCUCAAGGGACAAAAGAAAGAAGGCAAACUUGCAAAACGCAUCGUAUCGCUGGAAGCCGAGCUUCAUACUACCAAAGAACAUUCUCUUGCGCUCGAAAGAGAUGCUGAGACCAGGAAGCAGAAGGACGCCGAUGGCCAACGUGAGAUUGAAGAAGCUGUUUCCACGAAGAAGGAUAUUAUGCAGAAUAUGGAAGCUCAGCAGAAAGAAUUCGCAGACGAGCGUAGAGUUCUGGAACAAGACCUGGAUCACGCACGCCACAGAAUCGAGGAGCUUGAAGAUGAGAUCGACAGACUACUCGGCAAGGCUGAAAUUGAGAGGUUGAAGAGCUCUGCCGAGGAGGUAGAGAUGAAACACAAGUCUGAUCUUGAAGAAAUGCAAUCCUCCCACAAGAAACAGCAGGAAGAGAAUUCACGCCUGAAGGAGCAGUUGCAAGCCGCCAGGAAGGACCAAGAUGAGCAGAAGCAAUACGAGUCGGAUAAUUUCCGAGCUCUUAAGGAGACUCAUAAACAUCUCUCACCCACUACCGCACCUCCGGAGAAGUACAUGGACCUCGUACCUGCUCUAGAAAACCUGGCACAGAAGUCUGCGGACCAUGUUAGAGAGUUGAACGAUGCUAUUGCGCUUGCACGGUCCGAGUCCGAGUCGCUUCGAACACAGGGAAAUACCCAAAGGACCGAGCUGAAAGCGGCAAAGGCCAAACAAGCUGUCACUGAGGCCGAGCUCAUUCGUCUGCAAGACGAAAUGGAGGCUGAAAAAGCGCAUGCUGAAUCUUUGGCCAACUGUCUCGAAGACGAGCGUGAGCAAUUGCGCAAGCUUCGCUCAAAGUUUGCUGAUGGGGAGACCGGAGCCGAUGUACUUCGUCAGCGUGUUACUGAGGAGGAAGGUAGAGUCAUCCAACUUUCGGAACAGCUUUCGGAUGCGCAGACCCAUGCCGCAAGUCUUGAUGUCGAGAUCAUGAGGGUUCAAAAACAACUCAAUGAUGCGAAGUCGACGGCUGCGUUUGUUGAAGAGCAACUCAGGCAGCGUGGCGUUCGUGCAAAGGAGAUUGCACAGCGUUUGUAUGCGCAGAACGCACGACUUUUACGUCUCCUCGAGGCCUUGGGCUUCGUCGUUUCUCACAAGGAUGGCAACAUGAUCAUCGAACGCGCUUCCAAGGUCACCGCCAGUACCACAUUCGAUCCAACUUCGAGCUUGACUCGGGCCAUAUCUAUGUCAUCACCCCCUCCGACACGCAAAGCAUCGGUGGUCCCAGACGAUCCUUCAUCGCUUACUUUCCUCCACUGGACCGAGGCCAGUAAUGCGAAAGAUGAAGAAUCACAAUACGCUGACUACAUUGAUCACGUCUCGCUCUUCAGUACUGAUAUCUUCAGCGAAGCCAUCAGUAAGCGUCUCCGCGACUUUGAGUACACUGCUCGCAAAUGGCAAAAGGAGGCACGCGGCUACAAGGAGAAGAACACACGCCUGCAGGCCGAGUCUUCGGCAAAGAUUGCGGUUAGAGACUUCAAGGAAGGCGACCUUGCCUUGUUCUUGCCGACUAAAGGCCAGCGGACUGGCGCAUGGGCUGCCUUCAACAUCAACGCUCCUCACCACUUCUUGCGCGAGCGUGAAGGUAUGGUUCUCAACCGCCGCGAGUGGCUCGUCGCACGUAUCUCGAAGAUCGAAGAACGUGUGGUCGACUUGUCAAAACCAUCUGCCUCAUUUGAUGGUCGCAGUAUUGGUUCAACAAGUGUGGAUGCCGCUUCUCUUGACGAAAUGAACGAUAACCCAUUCGAUCUUUCCGAUGGCUUGACGUGGUAUCUAGUCCAUGCUUCCGAAGACAAACCCGGCGCUCCCACAACCCCAGGAUUGGCCAAAAGCACCGUCGCGAGUUCCUCCGUCGACGCCAAAGGCAGCAUACGCGCCAUGAAGAAGAAGAGCGAUCUCAGCGAAGCAGCAAAGACACUUAACAAGAGUCUAGACAGCCGACGCAGCAGCUCAAACUCGAAAAAGGGGCUCACCGCAGGAUUCCUAGGUGAAUCGCUCAGAAGGGGUGAUAGUGGAAAUAAUGUUGUAGAAGGGACACUGAGGAGGAAGGGCAGUGAUAGAGGGUUGGGGAUUGAUUCUUCCGCUGCCACGGCUGCUACGUCGCCGCAAUUGGAAUCAUCACAGCUACAUCAGCAAGCUCAGGUGCGCAAAGAUCUUCUUUGGGGUCCUUGA